GGCUUGUCAAAGUCAUCGGAAAUCCAAUUUCGGAUGUAUCUCUUUCACUCACUUUCCCUUGCUUAAUACGUAUUAUACUGAGAGGGUCCAAAAAACUUUCAAGUGAUUCUGUUGGCCUUCAGGAGCUACAUCUUGACUGGUAAGCCGGAGUUAUUAUUUUAUUUGAUGUUUUUUUUUUCUGGUUUCCUAAAAUCGAGCGUACUUUCUGGGCCUAGUUUAUGCACACGACAGUGAUCUGACCUACAAUAGCAUCAGGUUUGAUAUAAGCUUACAGAUUUUUAAAAGUCCUAACAUUUUCUGGCCGCAAAUACAUAGAAAACGUUUCGAUUUAGUUAUGAUGUUGGCUGUAAAAAGAAAGCUCUGAGCGAUACUCUUGCCUCUCGGUUCAUCUUGAAGUAUAGCAAACACCAGGAAGCCGGCUUAAGACAUAAAUCUGCAAGGUUUUAAGAGGAGGGCGUAAUGGUCUGCGGUGAUACGGUUUUGCUCGAUUUUUGGUGCGGUUUUGCGGAAAUUGUUAUUUUAAGUUGCAAUAUUGCGGUUUUACAAUUCCAAGCGGUUUGCGGUAUUUAGAAAUUUUCGGGUAAUUUCAAUGCGGUUUCCGGUUUUCUUAUUUUAUUCUGUGCGGUGAUUAUACAUGCUUCUUUGCGGUUUUGCAGUUUUCGUAUCCCCCUUACGCCCCCCUCUCGGUAGGUUUACAGGCGUAUGCUUACCUGACUCAUGAUGUUCAGCGACACUUUACUUUCAAAACUUAUCUUCGUGAAUGAAAAUUGUUGUCUCUGUACAUGUUUCACCGAAUUAUAUUUAUUUUACUGAUUGUUGGUAGGCUCUUUCGCAAUUUUUUUUCGCUGCGCCUGUUGUUUCCAGACGAACAUAUAACAAAACAUCGCAAUUAGUAUUACUCAAAAUGUCGCGCAUAAAUAACAAACGCUUUUAAAGAUAACACGUAAAAAAACCAAAAAUAAAGGGAAAUAAAACCUGAACAUAGUAAGUUCUCUAUAAUGUUGAAGCUUAACUCUAUAAAUGUUAAUUCAAACGGCUCCGACAGCUCGGACUGCAAAUUUGAUGCUUGACAGAAGUUGUGAGAACCGGUGUGGCUGGCCGUAUAUAUCCAUUAGGUGAUUUUGGGCAUUUUUUUAUCGUUUUCACUAAAAGCCCAUAAUUAUUACCCUGCAUAUAGGAGCAGAUGUUUCCGACUAAACAGUUCCGGUAUGAUGGAAAAUUCUUUUCGUGUGGCUUCGAUCGUCCUGGAUAUUGAGUGAGCGCAAUUGAAAUGUCUUGCAAAAUUGUGAACAACUACAGAAUUAUAGGUUUAAAUAGGCCAAGGAAGAACAAAUUCUGUUCGCGGUUUCUGUAUGAUAAAAAAGGCACACAGGCACGGUACUGUUUUCCUCAGUACUUAUGUACAAAAACAUUGAUAAAAAGUACUUAUUUGAAAGACUGGUUUACACACCACCUGAUCUGUAGCCAAGAUUUACUUGUAAAGUAAACCUGUCGAUCACAAAUCUUUUUCGAAACACAAAAAAUCCCGCCUGACUUUUAUCAUUUUGGCCUUCUCUUUAGACAGAGGAAUGCAAGUUUAAAUUGGCUGCAACCGAGGACUAUCGUGUGUUGCAUAAAAUUAUGUUUUGGGGAUGUCCAAUUAUUAUAAUCAUAUCUCCAUAGUCUCUCCAACGGAGUGGUUAGAGAGACUACGGAUUAAAAUAAAAGUGGACGUGGUGUAGGUGGGUGACUGGGCUUAACAUCCUUGUCUAGGAAAAAUUUGUUUUCUAGUCCUAAUGUACUGUGAUCGAAGAAGAUUGCUAUUUUCCGGUGUACAUAUAAGACUAUUAACUCGAUGUAAAAUUUGUUUCACUCUUGCACUGUCAAAUUAUUUUUCUCUAAAACCACUUUCCCUAAAUGUACCUUAAAGUUAACUGAUUAAUGUUUGAUUUAAAUUAUUAAUCUAUUGACGUGAGCUUCGCUUUUAGCCCUGGAUUGUAAAUAGGAUUUUAAUUGAGGUUUUGUAAUAAAGAUUUUAAAUUUUAAUCUAUGUUAUUAUUAUUAUUAUUACAAUCGGAGCUCUCUUAAGCGACCACCUCGGAAAUUCGAAAAGUGGUCGUAACCAGUUCUGGUCUCUUACGAGAAUGAAUUCUCGUAAGCGACCGCAUGGUAAAACAAUAGGGGGAAGUCGCUCACGAGUUUUUCGGAAACUCUUUAAUAAUUCAUAGAGAAAAACAAAAGAAAUUGAUGUUUAAUGAUAUUUUUUAUAUCUGACAUAGACACGGCUAUAUUUUACGUCCAUUUUUUUGAGACAAUUAGCGCAGUAUGCAGUUUCGUCAAAGUGUUGAUUUAUAUGAAUAAGACUCUGAAUGGUCGCUCACUGGUAAAAAACCUAAGACCCUGUUUACAUGGAGUGGGGGACCGCGGUCUAGUGGGGUAGGUUUCUUUUGUUUUGUGUUCCCCAGAGCGUGAAAACAAAAGAAACCAACCCCACUAGACCGGGGUCCCCCACUCCAUGUAAACAGGCCCUAAGAAAAGUUCCCGUUGGGCAAUCCCAAAAGUGGCCGCGGUCGCUUACGAGAGCGUUUCUUCCAAGUCACAAUUGAAACAGGGUUCCACUAAGGUGGUCGUAACUAGAGCUUGUCGCUUACAAGAGUGGUGGCAAGGAGAGCUUUGACCGUAUUUUUAUUAUUACUACAUACACAUUCAUGAAUGAAUUCACCCGUCAAAACGACAGUCGUCUUGAUUGGCUCCAAGUAUGGGGUCGACAUCUUGCCACAGGACUCCUAAGCUUUAUCUUACGGUUAGAGUAUACGCUAACGUGUACAUACAAUUUGUUUGUUUUUAGACUACACCUCAGUAUCACGCUGCGCCGGAAAGCACAAGAUGGAAGAUCUAUCUUGUUUUGCUCCAGAAAUAUCCAUGUCGUUCCAAAAGAGAUAUUUCCUGUUCACUGCUUGGUUUUCUAUCCCUACAAUGCUAUUGGGUAUUUGGUGCUUUGUGUCCAAUGCAGCUGUCAUUAUAGCAUUGUUUAGAAGUGGAAUCAAUUCCGCUCGUCCAGGCCUUUUAAUUCUAUGCAGUUUGUCAUUCACUGACCUUAUUUGGGGGGCGACAGUUGCUCCAAUGGAAUCUGCGUUGAGAUGGAAACAUUUAUUUAACACAAAAGUUUGUGAAGUGUACUCAGAAUGGAGGGAGAGGUUUUAUUGACAGCGAUUCUUUACAAUGCGACUGUCCUAAACCUUUGCAUCGUGAGCAUCGAUCGUUUCCUGGCCAUCAAAGUCUCUUUUCAGUAUAAGGUGUGGGUGACCCGGCGAAGCGCUCUUUUUGCUUGUAUAUUAGUAUGGCUUGUGUCGAUUUUGCUCUCAUGUCUAAGCAAAGUAGGGUUUAUUACAUCAGACGUCACCCAUGUCAUAACUUUAACGUUGAUACCUCUCGCAUUAUCUGUUAUCAUCAUUCUCCAAAUAAAAUCUAUUCAUGUCCUUCGUCGCCACAACAACAAUAUUGCUGACAUGAUAGAGCAAGGAAACCAAGCCAAUCCGGCUAACAGUGUCAAUGCCGUAAUUGAACGCAAACUAACAAAAACGACAAUAUAUGUUGUGGGCAUAUUGUCAUUGGUGUUUAUUCCUGCGGCCUUUGCAAUAAUGAUAAGUGUCAUUACAAAAAAGCGAUUCCUUUCUCUCAUGGUUCCCCUGUUCACACCUUUAAUGACUUUGUGUUCUGGAAUUAAUCCAGUGCUGUAUUAUAGGGGAAAUGAAAGAGUUAAACGAGGAAUAGCUAAGUUCUUUAAAUGUCAUUAA